CAGUUUUGUAAAGGCUAACUGGCAACACUGUCUUCGAAUAGGAGAAAAACAACGUCCGUGUUUCUUAGUUGUGUUGAAAGGGCUUGUCAAAAUUGUAAUAAGAGAAAGUUAACGACUGGCGCAAAUUUACUUUAUCCCGAAGCAGGUAUACCGAAGUUGUUGAGUGGAGGUGGCCUACAUCUUAAAAAAUCACAUGACCGGUGCAAAGGGGCCGGCCCUAAUGAUAGAUGGAUCCCUUCAACUUUGUGUCCUUAUCACCUUCGUCAGUGGCAUCGUCAGUUGCUUUGCUUGAUAGCAGUGACGAGGCUAGUGACGAACGAACAAGUUUCGUCCGAUCUGCCAAGUCGCACAGGAAGUACGGAAGCACUACGAGCGGAAGCAGCAUGAAUGACUCUUCUUCACCCUCAAGAUUUCAUCCAAGUUGUCACAUGGAACACAAAGUUCAAGCAGGGGACACAUUAGCUGGAAUUGCCCUUCGAUAUCAGACAACGAUGGAAUAUAUAAAACGUAUCAACAAAAUGUGGACCAGUGAUACCCUCUUUCUACGGGAAACCUUACUUGUUCCAUGCCCAAUGGAAGACAUUUCUGCUGGCAUGAAUGCCUUUGCCACACUAAUGAUAGAAAAUGAAACAAAUGGAACUGUAUUUCCUACCUUGGAUGCCUCAUGCACUGAAAUUCCUCCAGUUUUCCCUGAAGUAAGCCUUAGCUCCAUCAACCUCCAGAUGAAAACAGACCUUGCAAGGACCAGUUCUGCUAGCAGCUCCAGCAGCACCAGUAUUGACUAUGAUAAAAGUAUUCAUGAUUACCUUGGAGAUAUAGAUAGUCAAAUUAAGGAAGCCAAAUCAAAAGCACAGAAGCUACAAAAAACCAGUGAUGUGUUGAAGAGCCAUCCAGAUGUGAACAACAGUUCAUGGCCAAGAUCGCAACAAGCUUCGACAAGGUUAAGGAUGAGCUUGGCAGAACUUGGAGGAGAGUUCAAUGCUGCAACUUCUUCUGAUCAUGUGCCUGUCACAGAAGUUGUAGGUGGAGCAAGAGGCAGGAAGACAAAGUCAAUGUUCCAUCACAGGGAUAGAUCUCAAGAUGAAAUCUUUGAGUUGUAAUCUAUUCGUUGUCUUGUUUGUCAGCCGAGCGGCGUAGAGCGAACGCGAACCGUUGUACAUUCUAUUUAUCAUGAUUGUGAUACUUCGUUAGAGUUUAAUCAUGCUCCUUAAACGAUUUCAUUUCUUGUUUAACUGUAACCAAGAAAUUUCUCUUGAAGAUUCGGCGCCAUCUCUCCUUGUCCCUUCUGCUCGUCUCAGACACAUGUGCAACUACAGGAAAUCCACACACUUCAAACAUUUUUUUUCCCCUAAUCUUAACUUCCUGCUUAAUAGGUGUUGUAACCAUUUUUAUUUUACCGUAUUUUUUUCUAAACACUGUGCUAGUCAAGGAAUUGGUUAAUAUAAACUCACAUCCAUGAUUAAA